UUAUAUUACUGGCUCUGGCUCAUCUUUCUAAAUAACUAAAUCAAACCAGGAUUCGAGUGGGAGAACAAUGCAGUCUUCACUUUCAACUUUCAAGCAUAAGAUGUCAAAAGGCGAAGGUAAAACAAACCGAGAAAUGUUGAUGCUACAAAAAAAUCAAGCUCGUGGAACUAGAGCAAGCUUGAACCAAUUUGACACAAGUAAGCGUCUGAUUGUUAGCAUUAAACCCACCCUCCCUGAUCUGAAUGCAAAACUUUGUUCCGACUCGGAAGAAGAAGAAGAAACAGUUGAGAAUCUCACAAGUCUUACACCUCAAGCUGCACAUCAUGGUCUUCCUAAGCUUUUGUUCGAUCUUGAGGUCGAGAUCUUUGCCCGUGCUUCAUGUUUUCAAUAUUGGAAACUAAACUUUCUCAACAAGCAGUUCUCGCAAUUGCUACGAAAUCGUGAGAUUUUUAGAGUGAGACGAGAACGCGGACUUGUGCAACCAUAUGUGCUUAUGUUUUGGAGCGGUGAAACUUGUUGGGCAAUGUUUGAUAAAGGUUUCAAGAAUUUCCGACAACUUCCAGAAAUUCCUUCUGACUUUUGUUUCUUUUCUGGUGAUAAGGAAACGAUUACUGCGGGUACGCAUUUGAUAGUCAUCGGAAGAGAGAAGCAGAGUAUUGUGGUGUGGCGAUACGAGCUAGAGAUAAAUAAGUGGAUCAAAGAUACUGAAAUGAUCACACCGCGGGUCAUGUAUGCUUCAGCAAGCCGUGGGACCGAUGCAUUUUUCGCUGGAGGAAUUAAGACAGGCGAAAAGGGAGUUUCUAAUGUUGUGAACAUUGCUGAAAGAUACAAUUCCGAUACAAAAACGUGGAAAGCGAUGAAACCAAUGCAUAAGCGAAGAAAAUUCAGCUCAGGAUGUUUCUUGCGCGGUAAGUUUUACGCUCUUGGUGGUCGGGAUGAGAAUGAUGUAUAUCUUACUUGUGGAGAAAGUUACGAUGAGAAAACAGAUUCAUGGAAGUUGAUACCAAACAUGCUCAAAGGCAUGACUUUCAUGAAUCCCCAAUCCCCACCUCUCAUUGCGGUGGUCAAGGACAACCUCUACUUGCUGGAGACAUGGUUGAACGAGCUUUGGGUUUAUGAUAUAAACGCAAACGCAUGGAAAAGUCUUGGAGUUCUGCCUGUGAAAGCAAAUGCAGCUUUAGGUUGGGGAGUUGCAUUUAAGUCACUUGGAGAUAGGCUUUUGGUGAUUGGAGCUUCAGCUACUCAAUCGUGGGAUAACAACACAAUGUCAGUUUACACAUGUUGCCCAUCUCCAAAAGUGGAAAAGAUUAUUUGGGAGGAGACUCGUUGCGAUGGCGUUAAACUCAGCCAUUUUAUCCGAAAACAACACGGUAUGGUCAGGACUUACCGGAUUCUGCCUCCGUCGCUGAAUCCAAGGCCGGAAUCGAAGUUGGUCAACCCUUUGACUUCACGGCCAACCGCUGGAUUAUUUACCAAAGUGACAUCAAAGCCGACCAAUCACUCGAAAUUCACCGGAAAAUGUGGUCAAGCAAGGUGCCUUGAUUGUCAUAUGCAUCCGAUCACCAAAUCCAAAGCCAAGACUAAAGGCUCUUCAAAGGUGAGAUCAAAUGAUGCCACCUACAAGAUGCUGACCUGGCAGGUUGCUGCAGGUGGGCCUAGACCCGGUUUGAAGCUUUCCGGGUUCUCGGCUACCGGAAUACUUGAUCUUAUGUCUGAUGAUUAUGGUUAUGAUCAUGAUGAUGAAGAAGAUGAAGAAUAUGAAGAAGAAGAAGAAGAAAACAGAGCAAUUGUUGUAGAAGAAAUUGUGAAAAUACAGAGUAGUGAUGAUGAUGGUGAAACAGAAGAAGAUGGGUCACAUGAUGAUGAUGAUGAUACUGAUGAUGAUGGAAGGAUGAGUUUUUGUGAUGUGGGGAUGAUGAUGAUGAUGGAUCAUGUGGAAGAAUAUGAUGAAGGAUGGUAUUUGGUUGAAGAAAUGAUGACUUAAUUGAUCUCUUUGAUUAUUGAUCUCUCUGAUUAUCCCCCAAUAAUUGUCUUUCCUUUUGCUUUUGUAAAUUUUUAUCAUUUUUAAUAACUUGGGGGAAUGAAUGAUUAUAUCUAUGUAAAUGUGAUUUGAUUCUUAAAUCAAAAACUAUGAUUUAU